AUGGCUUCAACUCUACAAUCAUCCCACAGUUCUGAUUCCAAUUCAUCCCAAAGUUCCGAUUCCAAUUCAAAAGUCAUUGCUCUUCCAACACCAACUGAUGCUUCGAGGGUUCAAACGAUUCCCAAAACAUUCAAAAGCUCGAAGAGGAAGGGUGCUGAGAAGAGAAAAUGUGGUGAAGCAACUGGAGCUGCAAUUGAUGGAGCCAGCAAUGCUAGAGAUAAUGGAAAUGCAGAAGAAAAAGAAGAAAAAUAUGCUGGAAGAUCUUGGGUGUGGUUGCACUUCAAGAAGAUCGAGAAGCCUCACUUCGAGAUUAAGGAUGGUAAGAAAGUUCAAACUUGUGUUAAAGAGAGAGCUAAAUGCAAUUACUGUGGUACUGAUCUUGCAUGCGAUAGUUAUGGAAAUGGAACUAGUUCACUUCGGAGACACAUUCUUGAGGUUUGCAAAAAAUAUCUGGGUAGGGUUGAUUUAGAAAGUGGGCAGCAGGUGUUAAGUACUGGUGGAACUAAGGAGUUAGUGAUGCAAAAAUGGACUCAGGAAGCUUGUAGGGAGGCAGCCUGCAAGAUGAUAGUCAUGGAUGAGUUGCCUUUCAGUUUCAUCGAAAGGCCUGGCUUUAGAUAUUUUUGUCGUGUGGCUGUGCCUAGGUGGGAUGUACCUUCUAGGAGGGUUAUCGUGAAACAGUUCCUAUCUAUGUAUAAAGCAGCAAAAGUUGAGCUUAAGAAAGAGUUAAAGUCUCAUUGCCUGUGCUUGACCACCGAUACAUGGACAUCGGUGCAAAAUAUAAACUACAUGGUUUUGACUGCCCAUUUUGUUGAUUCUGGAUGGACAUUGCACAAAAGAAUACUCAAUUUUAGGGUGAUUCCUAAUCAUCAGGGCACUAGCAUUGGGAAGUUGUUGGAGGCAUUUGACAAUGCAAGUGCAAACAAGGUUGCGAUUGAUUACAUUAGGAAGAAGAUGUUAGGCUGGGAGAACCACCUGUUCUUGGAGGCAAAGAAGGAGAAGGUUGAGAGUAAGAAGGUUUGCAUCCUCGAUGUACCAACAAGGUGGAACUCCAUCUUUCUAAUGCUAGACACUGCAUUAGAGCUGCGAAAAGCCUUCGAUAGAAUGACAGAUGAGGAGGACAGCAAGUACGAGAAGUACUUUGAUGAGGAUGAAGAUAUCGAUGAGGAAGAUGAUGAGCUGCAAGUUGGAGGGUCUGAUUCAAGGAAGAAACCGAGGAGAAAAAGGAUAGGGCCACCGAUUAAAGAGGAUUGGGAAAAGGCUGCAGUGUUUGUGAGGUUUUUAAAAGUCUUCUAUGAUGUGAUAAUGAGGAUUAGUGCCUCAAAUCACCCAACAUCAUGGAAAGCUUUUCAUGAUAUAGUGGCCAUCAAAUCUGAGAUUCAUGAAUUGUUCACUAAACCUCAUAUGUGCACUGGUUCAGAGACUGAAAUGAUCUUGUUCGAUAUGGCUGUGAAGAUGAGAGGGAAGUUUGAUAAGUAUUUUGGGAGCUUCGACGACUGCAAUCAGCUUUUAUUCAUUGCCUUGGUGUUAAACCCAAGGUUCAAGAUCAGAAACUUUGAAAGCAUCUGCAAUAAGUGGCUGAAAAUGGAGACUGAUGACGUUAAGAAGAAGUCAGCAGAGCUUAAAGAGCUUUUAAGGUCUCUUUGUGAUCUGUACAGCUCAAUGAGCUCAUCCUUGAGUACUUCAAGGACUGGAAAAGCUAAAAGUGGAGAGAGCUCAGUUAGCCAAGGCAUCAAAUCCAGCUCCAAAAAGUAG